AUAAGUUGGUUUGCCAACCGCCAUAAAACAUCAGACGAAGAAGAAGAGCAACAACAGGAACAGCAAUGUCCAGAAUGGAUGCGAACAACACAAACAGUGGAUUUUCUGCUCGUGCGACGAGAAAAGCGCAAGAAAAAGCAAAAAUAAUCCAGCGAGAGACACAAAAAGAAACAUUUAAAACGAUCUCCAAGAUCCUGCAGAAGUGUGAAGGCGAGCGGUCACAAGAGGAGCGUUCACUUCUUCACGCUCAUCAGGACGUUGUACAGGAUCUCAACACAAGGCAGACGCGCAGACACCUGCUGAAGAGAAAACAAGAAGAGGUCUUUGAUGAUGUGGAAAACUUGAAGACUAAAGUAAAGCAGCUGGCGAAAGCAAUGCAGCAGGCCAAGCAUGUUGUCAUUUACACUGGAGCAGGAAUCAGCACUGCCGCCUCUAUCCCAGAUUAUCGGGGUCCCAAUGGUGUGUGGACUCAGCUGCAGAAGGGCCGAUCUUUCAGUACGUCAGACCUCAGUCGUGCCGAGCCCACCCUUACACACAUGUGCAUCUGGAUGUUACACAAAGUUAAGAUGGUUCAGCAUAUAGUCUCACAGAACUGUGAUGGUCUUCACCUACGCAGUGGGAUGCCUAGAAACAGUCUGUCUGAACUACACGGCAACAUGUUCAUUGAGGUUUGUGUUUCCUGUUCUCCGAUGCGUGAGUUUAUUCGAUUGUUUGACGUGACUGAGCGAACAGCUCUGCACAGACAUGAGACUGGACGUCGAUGUCCACACUGCGGAGCGGAGCUCAGAGACACAAUAGUGCAUUUCGGUGAACGUGGCACCCUCGAGCAACCUCUUAACUGGAAGGGAGCUGGAGAGUCUGCACAACAGGCCGAUGUGAUCCUCUGUUUGGGCUCCAGUUUAAAGGUUUUAAAGAAAUAUUCCUGCUUAUGGUGCAUGAACAGACCAGCCAAUAAAAGACCACAGCUGUAUAUUGUAAAUCUGCAGUGGACACCGAAAGAUAACCUGGCAACUUUAAAAAUCCAUGGGAAGUGUGACACUGUGAUGCGUCUUCUUAUGGAGGAGCUGGGCUUGGAAAUUCCAGUCUACAACAGAUCACAAGAUCCUAUAUUCAGCCUGGCUACACCGCUCAGUACAGAAGAGAAGGACAGUCAUACCCGUAAAGAGAUAGCACCCCCUUCUGCUCUGGAGGACACUUCACAAGACCCACAGGUCCAAGCAGAAGCAACACCGCUACAAGGGGGCUGGUUUGGAAGAGGUUACUCCAAAGCAAGAAGGAAAAAGAAAGCCAUAUAGUUUCUCUGAUAGAGAAGACAUGUUAUGCCUAAUGUGUCGCAGCUGCUUAAAUUGAAAUUUUGGGUUGAGAUAGGACAUCUCAAAUAGAUAGAGAUUUGUUUGCAAGUAGGAUUUAUGUUGGUGUUUUUUUUU